CGCAGAGUCCGUCCAGCCCUCUUUUUCAUUCAGUUUCCAUCACACAAUCCGUUUAUUCACGGGGCAACCGGGUGCCCGUAACAGCCCAACCUCGCAAAGCCUUGACGGAACGAUGCGUUUGCGCGGUUAAGUUGACGCGGUGAGUCAGUGAGGCGGUUCCGCAGCGAGUCGACUCGAGCGGAUUAGUCGCGCGCACGUACCGUCGGAGCUGAUAUCGGAAUGCGGGCACCGAUUAAAGCCGGACACACAGCGAGAAGGACCUCUGCUCGCUUUUACCCGGUUAUCUGGUUUUGUUUCCUAUCAAGGUUGUAAAGAUUUACGCGUUAAGAAGGUUAUUCGCUCUGCCUGGAAGCACCAUGUCCAGGGGAAGCGACGAGUCUGCGAACGGAACGUGGAAGAAGCAGGUGGAUGAUAUCAGGAAGAUAUUCGAGUUUAAAGAGAUCCUCGGGACUGGGGCUUUCUCUGAGGUGGUUCGAGCCCACGAAAAGGCCACGGGUGACAUGUGCGCUGUGAAGUGCAUUCCAAAAAAAGCCCUCCGAGGCAAAGAGAGUGGAAUCGAAAACGAAAUAGCAGUCCUGAGGAAAAUAAAGCACGAGAACAUUGUGGCUCUGGACGACAUUUAUGAAAGCCCCAGUCAUCUCUAUCUCGUCAUGCAACUUGUGUCAGGCGGAGAAUUGUUCGACCGAAUCGUAGAACGAGGCUUCUACACCGAGCGAGACGCAAGCGCUUUAAUAAAACAGGUCCUGGAUGCGGUCAACUACCUGCAUUUGCUGGGGAUCGUCCACAGAGAUCUUAAGCCUGAAAAUCUGCUGUAUUUUAACACGCAUGAAGAAUCCAAGAUUAUGAUAAGUGAUUUUGGGCUGUCCAAGAUGGAGGGCGCUGCCAAUGACAUCAUGUCCACAGCAUGCGGGACCCCAGGCUACGUGGCACCGGAGGUAUUAGCACAGAAGCCUUACAGCAAAGCUGUGGACUGCUGGUCUAUUGGAGUUAUUGCUUAUAUCCUAUUGUGCGGUUACCCUCCAUUUUACGACGAGAACGACUCCAAACUUUUCGAGCAAAUCCUUAGAGCCGAAUACGAGUUUGAUUCGCCAUACUGGGACGACAUUUCCGAUUCAGCUAAGGACUUCAUCAACAAACUGAUGCAGAAAGAUCCAGAAAAGAGGCUCACUUGUGAAGAGGCUCUGCUGCAUCCAUGGAUAGCUGGUGACACUGCUCUGUGCAAGAACAUUCAUGAAUCAGUCAGUAGACAGAUGAAGAAAAACUUUGCAAAAGCUAAAUGGAGGCAAGCAUUUAAUGCGACCGCAGUGAUCAGACACAUGAGGCGUCUUCAGCUGGGCAGCAGUAUGGAUUCUUCUCAGCAUGGUAAACAGAAUCAGCCGUCCAUGCCGGGAAAGAGUCAGUCUGUCGAUGUUUCCACAGUCAGCCGCAACGACUCCCUUGAAGAGGGUGUUAUCUUUGUCUAGGUUUGGCUGAGCAGCAAGCGUCCAACUCUUCCUCGAGGAAGGGAACGCCCGAGCACCAUCCACGCCCGUCCACGGUCACCACCAUCAUCACCGGCUCCAAAUGACAUCACUUCCUGUUGGACUGCUCUUUUGGAGACUAUGGCACUUUAGGAAUGUUUCGAAAAAAACAUUCUUAUGCUCAUCGGUAACUUCAAUUGUCACAGUCACCUGUUGCAAGGUCCUGUUUCCUUCUUAGGAAAGUCAGUGAGGUGUCGUUUAAAAAAUUGUCGUGAAGCACCGACUGUAUUUUUGUGGGGACUGUAUGACCGAGCAAAGCUGGCGACAUGGGCGUACGUGGCAUUCUGUCAAAAGUUUGUUUGACGUGACUCUUUAAGAUCUGAUCAGAGUCUUAGAAAGUACAUCAGGACACGAAUGAAAGCACAAGAGCUGUCUAGAUAAGACCGAUUUCAUUCGUAAAACAGCUGUUGUCGUUUUUGCUGCUGUGUUUCAACCUGCUGCUUUUUUGACCAAACCAACAAAAGUUGUCAGUUUAAAACUGACAAAAUGCUUAGAGAAGUUUAUGUAGUAAAUUAAAAAUAACAACGAGCAAGUUUUUAUUGUCAUCUAAAUUCGUCUGAUAUGUAAAUGUGGGAAUGAAGGAUGUGAAUAUUGUAUUUAAUGAAAACAUCAGUUUUAAUUGUUUUACGAAGAAUUUGUUAAGGGACGUUGAGUAAUAUGUAUUUCAAAUGUUUUGCAAGUCUGUAUAAAAUAAUUCACAUUGAAAACACUUUUUGAAGUGUUUUGUGUAGUGUUUGGAGUUCUGCAAAUGCAUUUCUAUUUUUUCAAUGGCUUCUAAAACAUUAAAAACAAAUGUGGUCACGUUUCAUUAUAGUGUUUAUGUUACAGUGUAUUUACAUGAGUGUUGAAUAAUGAACAUUUGUUUUGUGUAAAUUCAAGUAUUGUUCAGUUGUUGUUGACAAUGAAAAUAUUGAUAUUGUGAUAAAUACCUAUAUAUAGUGAUAUUAUUCUAUGUGAUAUAUAUGUAACAUAAACACUGUAAUGAUGUCAUCAUAACUUGGUUUGUAAUUGUAUCAAACUAAAACUAUAGUUAUGAAUAGUAUAUGCUUCAGUGACAAAACAGCUAUAUGAUGGACGUUUGUAUUUGUUGACCUUGUGUUGCCUAUUUUGACAGAAAAUAACAAGAAUUGUCCAGUGUUGGACGGCUACACCGGGUUCUCUGUAGCUGAAGCUGUUUAGAGAUCUGUUUAAUGAAUUAUGAUCGUGAGAGGACAGUCUCUACUCUAAAUCCCACCCAUUGUGGGACUUCAUACCAGCGGUCUGAAUUUAGCACCCAAGUGCUGGUUCUUUCAUUUAAGUCACAGAAAUGAUGUAGACGUUUUUUUUCUCUUUGGCAGAUUUGUAUAAUGUUGAAUGUUUCUUGGUGAGUGUAUGUUUAUUUUGAAUUUGUAUUAAACACAACAAUGA